AUGAAUUACCAUUCUAUAAUCAUCGUUUUGUUGUAUAUCAUGCUUUCAAAUUUAGCUUUGAUUCUUUAUGAAAAUUCUUUUUAAAAUAAAAAGAUAUUAAUCUAAGUAGCAGUUCCUGACCUAUGCAUAUCAUAAUUAUAUCCUUUACUGCAAUAUUAGCUGUUCAUGAUGUUAGUUAAAUAUUAACUUUUGAAGAAAAGUAUAUAAUUGGCUGGAUUAUUCUAAUUUUCAUCCUACUUUCUAUAUUUAUAAUUAGUCUUUUUGUUAAAGCAAUUUUAUGAGGAUAUGAAAGAAAGAUAUCAAUCAAUAAAAGAAUAUUUAAAGAAAAAAAAAGAACAGGUUUAAGGAUGA